AUGCUUGUGUUGCGACGGAGGCACGGAGGAGGUGGGCGGAGCCACGAGGAUUGGACACCUUAUAUGGAAGACGCGCGGCCACGGACGCGGAACGCCGCGCACCCCGCCUUUCUUCUUGCGCAGCACUUCCAAGCCCACCGUUCGAUCAGUCAGAGCAAUCACUCGAUUCGCCACGCCUUCCUUUCGCUUUACAGCUGUUGCAAAACAUUUAUCUGACGUCAUCACAGCUGCUUUCUCGAAGUCAGAACUGUUGAGGUCGGAACUCUCUGAAAAUCGGCCAAAACGCUCUCUUAAAUAGAUGAAGAUUCCGCAAAUUCACGCUUGAUGGUGUAUGAGAAAAAAGGCCUCAAGUCUGAGAAUGUUUCAUUUCAAACCUUUAUUUUUAAAAAAAGUCUUAAAACUCGGAUUUUGUGUACCAAUUAUGUUUCGCCUUUGCUCUCGAUAAAUCAAAUUAAAUUUUUUGUAGAAUUUGCAAAUAAAAACUGUAUAAGCUUCCACGGUCAAGUAAUUCUGACUUUUUUAAAUUUAUUCUUUAAAACUUUUUGAAAAGUGAUUCAAAGUGAAGUGACUAAGAAAAGGGGGUGGAGGGCAGCCGACCAAUUUUUUUUUAUUGCAGUUUUGAUUUUCUCUCUUUUCAGACGUUUGUAUGAAUACAAAUAAAAACGAAAACUCAUUUUCCUCUUGCUCUCGAUUCUUAUAUUCGUUCAGAUAAGAAUGAAGCACGAAUGUCUCUACGAGAAAUGAAAAAACUGAAUGUUUCGGACCUACGGCGUCAAUCGAACUACAACUACGCGCUUUGUUGACUAAUAGAGCACAAAAUACUAUAUAACAUUCUUCAGGUCUUGAUCGUGAUUUUGAAACUUCAGCCAUUCUUUUUUCACGAACAUCACAACUGAUAUUGCACUCAUGGCAAGAGUUUCGGUGUUCCCCUGGCAAUCGAAAGUCGUCCGUUUAGGCAGCGGAAAGCCUCCAAUCAGCUUGUUCGGGGUAAACGACCACACAAACGGCAUGGUUAAACGGAAAGCCCCGGCGGUGAUCAAUCAUAAGCGCGGAAUUCGUGUGAACGUUGGUCGCCGACGCCGCUUUCCCUCCUCAGACUUCACCUCCUCAGGCAAACCAGUCAACGUGUCCCUCAUCAGACUAUCGUCAAGUCUUUUCUCCAGAAAGAAACGCCGUGCCGCUUCAAGGAGGAUGUGCCUUCGAGUCGCCGCCCACUUCUGCCGCAGCGAAAUUGGCGCUUUUUUUCAAGUGCUUUCUACCUUCUCAAUAACGCCAAGCCGAACAGAAAUUUUUGUAUCAAUUGGCUUUUUUCCCCUUCAUGAGGAUGCUUCAUACAAGGUUUUCAAGCGAACAAGUUUUCAGACACCAUCUGAACUUCAAACUCAAUCUUUGAUUUGCGACUGAGUUUAGUAAAAUUAUUCGAAUGAUGUUCUGUGCUUAAGAGUAUGAGUUUUGAAGGCUUGAUUCGAAUCUCCCUGCUUCUGGAGCAAGUGAAAAAAAAACUGUCUGACCUAAGUCGGCAGAAAAAUCAGUCGAGACUGUCUGCGUCUUUUUUUCCAGGAUCUUGUGUUCAUGGACGACGAAGAAAAUAAAUCUCGACAAACUUUGUAGAACUGAAAGCAUUCAAUUAUCCAGUAGCAGGAUUUUUCCUGAUAUUUAUGUCUAUCGUUAUCUAUUUUCUUAGUCAUAUUUCCGCCUUGUGGACAUUCGAUGCAUGGAUUUUGAUCCAAGAAAAACUCCGGAAGUUUCGAUUCCAAAUAUUAUGCAAUAAAAUUAAAUUUUUUUUGUUCUUGUUCUCAUUGGAUAUGACUAACAAGGGCUGUGUGCGCGGUGAACAUCGAGUUAGGAAUUGAGGCUUAUAUGGUAGAUGGACCUAAGAGAGAGUGCUCCAAAACGAAAGAGAAAAUCUGCUAAGCGCCAUAGGGUACCGAGAAAAAGCUCGUCAAAGUUUUGCCGCCACGUAUAUCCCCGCGCUUGGAGCGCUGAGCCAGCAACUGGGAGCGUGGUGAAGUGGCAGUGUUCUUGAAUGGCGCUGACGCUAUGCUAGGUUCGAUUCCUUUUGACGUCAAACUCUUUUUGCUCUUGUUUAUUCAAUUCUUCUGCAAUCUAUCAUCAAACAAAAAUAGCAAAAAAAGUUUAAAUUGAAGGAUUUGAUUGAAAUUUGGAAAUGAAGAAACGAGAAAGCACAAAAAAAAAACUUUUUUUGCGUCAAAUGAUCGAAAGACUUGAUAUCAUAAUUGUUUUCAGAAAUAAGUUCGUUUGGCUGAACCCCGCCCAAAUACUUCGCACUCGAUGCUCCGCCCACUUGCUCAUGUUUCCAUUCAUCCAAAAAAUGACGACUCGUUUUCUGUGCGACACAAAAACACACUAGUUCAAAAGCAAAAAAAAGUUAUCUGGCUUUUUUUUGAAAAUUUAUUCCUUUUUUUUCAAACUCAAGUUGAAUCAUGACUUUUCGAACAGUUCUAUAAAUUAUAGACUAUAAUUCACGUAUAGCAUAAAAUUAUUGUUAACUAACUUCAAAAACUGAGAUUCCAAAACUCUCUCUGCAUUAUAAUAAAAUUCAAAAAAAGAAACGCGUUAUGUUGCUCUCAUCAAUAUAGUCACGCAUAACUUUAUUCGUAUUUAAAGGUUAUUUUUUUCUUCAUCUUUUUCUUUUUUUCUCAAACUUUUUGGAAAAAUCUAUACGUAGACUUUUUUUGAAGAAAGAAGCUUGCCCUGAAAAAUCUUGGGAUGAACUUCCUGCGACGGAAGUUCUCCUUCACCGAUGAUGAGGGCGAAAUGGACGACAUGACGUCAUCGACGUCUUCUGCAGCUCCGUCGUCUUUUUUUCGUUCCAGGCGAUUGCUAACAAGGUCUCUAACACUAUAAGGUUCGACUCCUCCAGAUCCCUUGAUAAAAGAAACUUGAGCCUUAAUUAAAAAUUCAUGAACGUUCAUAUAGGAGCUUUAAAAACCUACCUUUAAGAGUGAAACUGUUUUUGCGGUUCGAAACUUGUUUUGCUGUCAUGCAUGUUGCGCAUGCGCACUGGAAAAACUAUAUAAAUUCUUUUUUUGAAGUAUAUGUCAUGACGUUUAUAAACUGAAUAAUAAUAGUACUACUAGUAGCAUAUAAGAUUUUUUUUCACUUUCGAAAAUUCCGUUCAGAAAGCGACAAAGAAAUUGCCGCAGCAUAAAUCAUUUUGCGCGCGCACUGAAAAUAAAAAGUUAAAAUUCCCAAAAUGCACCAUCAAAAAAUUUGCGCGUAUUGUUGUGAUAUUGCGUCAUCACUAAGAAUAACUGCCGAGAUAAACGCAAGACACUGGCGGUACAUUGACGAGCUCGCAAACAUCUCGCUUUUUUUCUCGCGCCGGUCUCGCAUUUUUCUGGACGCGAGCUCGCAUUUUUCUAGGCGCGAGCUCGCAUUUCUCUCGCAAUUUGUAAAUUUCCGAAAUGCGAGAUAAAUGCGAGAUGGCGCCAAGAAAAAUGCGAGGUCGCGCCGAGAGAAAUGCGAGACGCGCCUAGAAAAAAAGCGAGAUGUUUGCGAGUUCGUCAAUGUACCGCCACCGACCUCGCGUUUAUCUCGUCAGUUAUUCUUAGUGAUUCCGCAGCUGGGUGACUUUACGAAAAUCUCUUAUUUUUUUCCAAUUUUUUUCUUUUUUUAUUUAAAUAUUUGUCUUCUUUUUGAUAUUCAGUAUAAAAAUGGCCGAACAGAAUUAUUUCUAAUCGAGCUGAUAAUAUGCUUAAAGAUCAAUACCACAUAAAGAGUUGCAAUGCAAAUAACGGUUUGAGGUUUCCUCAGUUAGGUUCUCAAGGAGUUUGUUUGCAUGCCCUCAGUAGAGAAAUCCAGUCGAUUUGAGGCUUAAUUUGCAUGUGAAAAAGCUGUGUGCUCGUGUGAAUUGGUACUCGAAGACCUUUUUUUGAAUUGCUUUUCACCAAAAAAAAAAAAAAUAAUGAAGAAUUCAAGGCUUUGGCUUUUUUCUUUCGGGGUGUGAGCGAAUAGAACAAGAAAAUUUUUUAAAGUUGAGUAUACGGAAUAUUCCAGUGCUCCGACGUCUCCUUCAAGGAGUGGAGAGUCGCUGGCCGCCGCCCUGGAAAAGUCGCUGAGCAGCGACCGGAGCCGUCGUGAACCUUUGGCUGAUGCUCACGUCCUGCUUGUCAUCGACUCACAUCAUGUCGACUGGUUUGGCUUUCACUUUCCUAUCUUUUUCCCAUAUCCAAGGUAAUUUUUUUGUAGAGGAUAAAAAUUAAUAAAGCAGAUAUUUAGGAAAAAUUAUUCGAUUUACACAAAAAUUUCGUUUAAAAAAACAGCAAAUAAAUAAAUAAAGAGCAUCGGCUCAAUUCAAUACUUCCUGCCUUUAUUUCAUGCAAUGAAUCAAUUUUUUUCGGCGUUGAAAAACAGGAACAUUGAUAAAAUGAAAGUCAUAUAUAUAUACAUGUUUUAUUCCUUUUUUUAAUACUGUAAUUUUAUAAAGCGUGUUCAGGAGCAAGUAUUUUUCGGGCAAACGCAGAGUUACCAAUUCGAGUCGAGCAGGUUUCUUCCGAACUGUCUGAUUUGUAAUUUUUCUGUUGUUAGGGAGAUGUUGAUGAGUUAGACGUGAUGUGUACGGAGCACCACUGCGUCGUCGAGAUCCAUCAGCCCGGACGCGACGCCAGGUGAGGAGCUGCACCAGCUUACGAGAUACCCAGCUCUCAGGACGUUCACUCCGUCUGCCCUGUUCGUCGGGGCUGGCGCUAACCGCACGCCACAACUGAAAACUUUGAUCAGAGCGUUCAUUGCCGCCCACGUUCCUUUCAUAAACUCUCACACGUCCGCUAUAGGUUUCCUCGACAAGAACAAUUUGGUUUUUCUGAACUCGUUUAGAAAAUCAAUCAUAAUUCUUUCAGAAGAAGCAACUUAAAAAAAUUACUCUCCCGGAAGGUGGUUCAAUACCGAUGCUUCCAAUUAUUCAUUAUCCUCAUUUCCGAAAGUUUGUGAGUUCGGAUCUAACCUAAAAAUUUCAAAAAGAAGGUUUUUCAGCAACGGACGUCGGCCUUUCCCAUUGUUGUAUCGGUCAACGAAGGCUUCCAAGGCAUCGGCAAGAUCAAAGUAAGGCACCUAAAAAAGGUCGACAUGUUAAAAGUCGUAGGUGAACAACCAAGAAGAGCUGUGCGACGUAGAAGGCAUGUUGCAAAUAAUGGCGAGAGGCAAUACAGAGGUACUCCGUCGCUGA